AUGUUACCCGAGCCAAGUCUAAGUCUGAAGAACAGAUGGGGAGUUCUCAGGUACCUGUUCACGUCUGUUCACGUCCAGAGAGGUUCUUAUGCCAGUGCAGUUAAGGGAGAUACUGGUGUGAAAGAUAAGCAGAGGCCAAUUUCUGAUGUGUGCUCUUUACAAGGAACAGAGAUUGACAAUCCUUUGUCAAUGCAGUCUUCAAUUUUCGGUAAGAUGAGAGAUAUCAGAUUGAUCCCAAAACUGUAUAUUCUUUUGAAAGAAGAAGGAUUUCCUGAGAUUGUUAUUAAGUAUGUUUCCAGUGAUUGGGUGUUUAUCUCUUUUCUAUCGGAGGAUUCCUACACUCGGUUCAAGAAGUGUGAAGGGGUUAAGUCGUAUUUUUCAGUUUUUAGACUGGUUGUUAAUGGCUUCUAUGUUAAAGAGCGUGCUAUUUGGUUAGAAAUGUUGGGUUUACCUUGUUGUGCUUGGAAUGAUGCUGCUGUUAAAAAGAUAGCUAAUAUGUGGGGUGAUGUUUGCUUUCUUGAAGAAGAUGAGAAUGCUCCAUUGGCAGUAAAACGUGUGUGUGAUUAA